GCCAACUACAUUCUCGUCUUGGACGCCAUCAACUUUUGCUUUUGGCCCCAACUCGGCUACGAAUACGUCGAUCUCGCACAAACCCUCACAUCCAUGGCCAGUGCGGAUCAUCGUCCUCUAGAUCAUACUCGAGAGCACGUAGACGCCCUCAUGGCGCUGCACCACAAACAAGGUAAAGUGCCACCCAACGUAGCCGAACGCUGUCAAUUACUCAAUCAAGUCGGGGCCGUUUUAGCUACCCACUUCGAAGGGUCUGCCUGGAACGUCAUCCAGGCUGCCAAUCAUUCGGCCGUUCGCUUAGUGGGGCUCCUCGUGACGUAUUUCGCCGGCUUUGGCGAUUUUGGCGGUACCGCGGGUAGCCACCAUCACCAAGACCCGAAUAACCCGCCAUCCGACGAAAUGCGCCCCAUCGCUUUCUUGAAACGCGCCCAAAUCUGCGUUGGUGAUUGGGAUGCCGCGUUGCAACUAAAUUUGCCCGACCUGGAUCAACUCACAACCUUUGCCGAUUACCGUGUGCCGCAAGUAUUGCGGAAUGCCGGUUGGAUCCGUUACCGUCCUUCUUUGGCCGUUAUGGUGGAUCAGGGCGUGGAGAUUGCUAGGGACUCUCCGGAGGAAUGGUCCAUUCGAGCGGCGACGGUUGUGGCUGUGGAG